AAGGGAGCUGUGCUUGAGGCCUUCUGUCACCUGGAGUGGAGGUUGUCAAGACAGACAUGGGAGUCCACUGGCAAGGAAUGCUGUCGCUGUCUCUCAUUGCCCUCAUCACAGUGAGAGUGGCAGGGGAGAGUGCCGCUGGGCACAGUCGGCGCGUGCACCGCAACCACCAAGCCAGCCACUCGGCGUCCCACCACUCGCACCCCCACGGGCAUCGCGCCUCUCGGCCACAGCAACACCACUCGUCUCCCUGCGACAACGGCACGGGACACCCCACCGACAAGGGCCACCCCCUGGGUCCUGUGUUCCAAGAGCAGCCGGUGGACACGGAGUUUUUCGAGGAGCAGCCCGACAGGACCGUCACGCUGCACUGCUGCGCUCGAGCCAACCCGCCCGCCUCCUACAGGUGCCGUCACGGGGCAGCAGCGCGGCCUCACACACACAGCCAUGCACGGCACGCGCACGGCGUGCACUACAACGUCAGCAGCUGCCGCUGCUGCUGCCAUUCGGCACGAAGUGGUGACGUCAGCACAGAAUUUGAGCCGGACUCUGCACUUUGAGGCAAUGUGAAGUGUUUAAGGCUCUCCCGCAGGAGGUCAUGGGGACAGACCCAGGUGCUAUGGUUUGACUCAAGAUGACUGGUAGAACCACCACCUGCACUUCCCAUUGUGCGAGCUUACUAUGUUUAGUUUUAGCUGCCUGGAACUCCGCUCGUUGUUGUGAGCCCCACCACUCUGUCCUCCAUUAUUGCUUGGGGUUAAUUGCCUCCAAACUGCCCAGUAGCAUCCUCCACGAGCCUCCUCUACAGAGGCCAACCCUGAUGCUACUAAUCAGUCAUCUGCAAUUUAAUUCAUUUACAAAGCCUCCCAUAAACAAAUCGGCCCGUUUUGUCUCGAGUCAGUGCCAUGUCCAUAUCGCUCCCUCUGUCUGGCCAAAGAGAAGCUGCUUGGGCAUGCGCACAUAGAAUGCAUUGGCACAUGUGGUGCAUGUGAAUUGAUCAAGUGAGCAAAGAUUGUACGUGUGCUCCACAAAAAAGUGCCAGUUAGGUGUGUGUGUGUGUUUAAAGCACAUGGAAAACGUGGCAUAGGGUUAACGCUGUCAAAUGUAGAGCGUGAGCUUGAAAUAUUCCCGUCAAUGAAAAUAAUGUUUCUUGUGUGACCUCACACA